AUGAGGAGACUGGAGCGUGCUGGACAACGGAAUACGAAGCACGAUGAGGUGCACGAAGUUUCUCUAGGCGUGGUCUUCGAACAACACUCCGAAGAAAUUCAAGAGGCUUUCAAGUUUGCGAUGGUACAAUACAGCAACAAUAUGAACAAAACACGGCUUGACUUUCAACUGUUCGUCGACGUAAUCAACACUGCGGACGCUUUCAAGCUAUCCAGACUGAUUUGCAACCAAUUCUCUCGUGGCGUAGUGUCCAUGCUUGGAGCUGUUACACCGGACUCGUUUGAUACCCUGCACUCUUAUACGAACACGUUUCAAGUACCCUUCGUGACGCCCUGGUUCCCGGAAAAGGUGAUCCCCCCAUCUGGACUUAUCGACUACGCUAUUAGUCUCCGACCUGAAUAUCACAAGGCAAUCAUCGAUACCGUGACCCACUACGGCUGGAAGAGUAUCAUUUACGUCUACGAUUCUCAUGAUGGUCUCCUGCGUCUGCAGCAGUUAUACCAGAGUCUUCAACCUGGGAAAGAGUCAUUCCGGAUUACGAAUGUGAAACGAGUGUCUAAUGCUACUGAAGUGGUCACAUUUCUUAGCUCGCUCGAGAUGCUGGAUCGUUGGAGCAACAAAUAUGUUGUACUCGACUCGUGCACUAAACUAGCUAAAGAUACACUAAUUCAACACGUACGUGAUGUGAGACUCGGCCGACGAAACUACCAUUACUUCUUGAGUGGUUUGGUGAUGGAUGAUCAUUGGGAUAAAGAGGUAGCAGAGUUCGGUGCCAUUAACAUAACCGGUUUCCGAGUACUCGACCUUUCUAGGAAGAUUGUCCAAAACUUUAUUGAUCAAUGGCGACGCGAAUCGAUCUCGGCCCAAGCAGCUCUGAUGUAUGAUGCAGUCCAAGUGCUCAUCGAUUCCAUCCUUCGCCUGCUCCGCAAAAAGCCCGACUUCCUCCGUGGCACCAUGAGGCGCAACGCUAAUACCACAAACAGCAAAAUCAUCGAUUGCAACCCCAACAAUAAGAUCGCCCCUUACGAAUUCGGUGAAAGGAUUUCCAGAAUGAUCAAACGGACGGAGAUGGACGGCUUGACUGGUCUUAUUCGAUUCAACGAAGCAGGUCACCGACGUAACUUCACACUUCAAGUUGUGGAAAUGACUGUGGACGGAGAUUUGGUCAAGAUUGGAACCUGGUACGACAACAAGGGGCUGAUCCCUAUUUCUAGCAAACUACCUGGCUUGAAGGAGCUUGGACAUUACGAUCGUAAUAAGACUUACAUUGUGGCGACAAUCAUCGAAGAACCUUAUAUCUCACGCAAUACCGACUAUGAUAACGACAAUUCGCAAUUCAAGGGAUUCUGUGUUGACCUCACCUACCUUGUGCUGGAGAAGUUGGAGAUUACGUUUGAAAUACGACUUGUAAAGGACAAUAAUUAUGGAAACGAAAACCCCAAGAUGAUUGGAGGUUGGGAUGGUCUGGUUGGAGAGCUCGUACGAAAGGAGGUGGAUUUGGUAAUAGCACCAUUGACCGUAAACGUAGAACGAGAACAAAUCAUUGACUUCAGCAAGCCCUUCUUAUCGUUCGACGUGAAAACCGAGAAGAAUACUCCGUCAGACAUGGCUACUAUUUUUAGCUUCCUUCGUCCCUUAUCUAGGGAAAUAUGGCUCUGCGUCCUUGGCAGCAUUUUUAGCGUCAGCGUCUGUCUGUUUGUUGUAUCGAGGUUUUCACCGAAUGAAUGGCGUGUCAUGUCUUAUACCGACUCUCAUACAACCGAGAACAACGAAAUUGCAACAACUAGGACUACGGUCGUAAAUGAAUUCAGCUUUUGGAAUUCUAUAUGGUUUUCGCUUGGCUCCUUUAUGCAACAGGGUAGCGACAUUACCCCGAGGUCUCUGUCUGGGAGGAUCGUUAGUGUGGUUUGGUGUUUCUUUGCACUGAUUCUAAUCUCAAUUUAUACCGCUAAUAUGGCUUCUUACCUGACUAUGAGUCGCAUUAAUGAGCCUCUUCACACCUAUACAAGAGUGACAACAUGCCCGGCGGAUUAUAUUAAACGACCAUCAAAAUCAACCACUCAAGUCCAAGAAGACUUAUGGAUGGGAUUCAUAUCUACAGAUUCUUUUCUGGGGAGUGAUGAAGUUAAGAAGCCAUGUGAAAUGCUGGUCUCCGUUACCCAAUCUGGAGUCAAAGAUUUUGCUAUUGCUUUCCCAAAAGGAUCUAAACUACGGGAUGGAGUGAAUUUGGCUCUACAGGCUCUUAGGAAUGAGGGGGAACUGCAACAACUCGUUCGAAAAUGGUUUAUCGAUGCUAAGUGUUCUAUUGAUGGCGAGAUCCACGGUAAAGAGUUAACAUUAACUCAAGUGGCUGGACUAUUUUAUAUUUUAAUAGGAGGCAUGGGCUUGGCACUUGGCGUCGCUUUACUUGAAUUCAUCAGGCACGGAAGAAAUGCGGCUGCUCGAGCGAAUAUAUCCCUACGAAAUGCCCUUAGAGCCAAGCCAGCUGGUAAUGGUGGCGUAAAUAAUAUUAGUCCAGUACACGAACCGCCAGAAGAACAACUUGAACAGGAACAACUUGAGUGGAAUGGUGCUUCUUACACAGGGUAUUACACCUCGUCUAGUCAGGCUGCAGGUCAGGAAGAGACUUCGUUGCAUGCCAGUUUCACACCAGUCUGA